AAAAGCCCAAAUGGAAAAAUCUAACCCUUAAUGUGUAGCUCCUUCUAUUUGAUCAUCUCAUAUUCAAUGGUUUCCUUUAAGAUACGGUGUCUUUGAUUUUUAUUCUAGUUUGAUUUUGUUCACUCCAUUGUUGCUGCUUUUUCCAUUAGCAUUUUGAUAAAAUGGCAUGCACAAUUAAUCUAAAUUCUUUCUCAUUCUGGUCCAGUGCAUCCCUGGUUAACAUGCUUACUUCUCAAGUUUGAUUUCUUAACCUUCAUCAGGGUAAGGCAGAGGAUCAGCUUAGUUGGAGAGUGCUUCAAAAUGAGAAACUUGCAGGAUUGAGGGAGAAGCUCCAAUCUAGAAGAGAACAAUAUUCACAAGGGAAGGGUAAGGUUGAGAAGAUGUCAUAUGAUCUAAAAGUCAAAUAUGAGUUGCUUGAAUCAGCCAGGACUACGUUGGAAAGAAAUCGUGUCAAACAACUGGAAAAGUUCUAUCCUAAUCUCAUCUAUACGCAGAGCUUGGGGCACAUGGCCAUUACCUCGGAACGUCUUCACAAACGGUCAGUUGUUAUCAAACAGAUAUGCAAGUUGUUCCCACAACGUCGGGUAAAUAUAGACGGAGAGAGAAAAGAUGGGUCUAGCGGUCAGUAUGAUCAAAUCUGCAAUGCACGCUUACCAAGAGGACUUGAUUCCCAUUCAAUUCCAUCCGAAGUACUUGCUGCCUCUUUGGGAUACAUGGUGCAACUUUUAAAUCUUGUUGUUCACAAUGUUGCUGCACCCGCACUUCAUAACUUGGGUUUUGCGGUAAUCAAUCUUUCCAUAAAACAUACAUGUGGGAAUUUGUUUUCUGGUGGUGUCUGCACGUGUCCUGUGCCGCCGGGAACAGAGGAUGUGGCAGGGCAAAUCUUUUAGGCCAUUUACAAGUUUUGAACUCAAAUCAAUAUUGUUUGUUGUCUACUUACUCGGGAAUAUAUAUAUAUAUAUAUAUAUUUGUUCUUACAAUUUAUGAUAAGUAAUUGCGUGAAUAGAUGCAAUUGAAUUUAGGACAAAUUAUACUAACAGUCCUUAUAGUUUGGGAUUCGUAUCACUUUAGUCUAUGACUUUU